GGCCGAUGUCCAUAGGGUGUGUUUGAAUACAGUGAUUUGGAUUUGGUAUUUGUGAUUGAAUUUUUAAAUGUUAAAUCAUGUGUUUGGAUAUUAAGUAUAUUAUUUGGUAUUUGGAUUUGUGCCAAAUUCAUGGGGUGAUUUCCAAGUACAUGUCUAGUGUGUUACUUGUCAGCUUCAAAUACAUUUCAACAAUUAGUAAUUUGAAAUACAUCCUAACAAAAGAUUUGAUCAAUUUUUAAAAGGGUUAAUAUUUUCGUAUGGCCUGAACUUUGACCAAAAUAAACAUCCUGGCCAAUCUUUUCGAUCUAUAACAUCCUGGCCCGAACUAUACACCAAAAUAAACAAUUUGGCCAAACCCGAUGUUUGACCGUUAACUUGGACGGUCAAAUGCGUUGACUAACGGUCAACGCGCCACGUCACGGCCAAGUCAGAAGAUCUGAUAAAUAUUUAAUUUUUUUUUUAUUUUUGGUUUAACUAAGGUAUUAGAUGAUUUUUUUAAUUUAUAAUAAUUUAAAAUUAGGGAAUGUGUGGAAAUUGUGAAUUAUUUUAAAUAUUUUAUGCUGACUUGGCAGUGACAUGGCGCGUUGACUAACGGUCCACGCGUUUGACCGUCCAAGUUAACGGUCAAAAGUCAGAUCUGGCCAAAUUGUUUAUUUUGGUGUAUAGUUCGGGCCAGGAUGUUAUAGAUCGAAAAGAUUGGCCAGGAUAUUUAUUUUGGACAAAGUUCAGGCCAUACGAAAAUAUUAACCCUUUUUAAAAUUUAGGUACUAUAAACAUGCAAAGGUACCAAAAUGUAAUAUAAAGUAAGAAAAAAUAAAUUUGGAUACCAAAGUGUAAUUUAACAAAAUUCGUAGUGAGUGAUCAGUAAAUUCAAAAUUAAAAUUAAAAAAUAUAAAAUUUAAAGUACAAACAAAUUACAAAUGAGUUUCUAAACAACGAAUUUGAAUUACAUAUAUUUCAAAUACAUACAUUUUUUUAUUGUAACCUGCAAAAAUAUAUGUAUUUAAAUUAGGCCGAUGACUCCUUCGUGUAGCCUCGUUGGACUACAUUACAGCCCACAACCAAUAUGGACUGAGCGAGAGCUUGGGCUGGUAUUUAUGGGCUUUAGAACAAUGUUAGGCAUGGCCCACCUGAGAACCUGGACUGAACGAGCUGUGCCACAUGUCGGCUUUCGACUCGGUCAAGAAAAAAGGAACUCCUAAAAUUCAGGAUCCCUUUCCCUCCGCCAGAAGACUACGCGAGAAAAUUCAAAUCCGUCUCGAACAAGGAUCGAUCCUCCACCGUCCAAUACAUCGAAUCGACGGCCCAGACUCAAACAUCUCCUACAGAACAUUCCAGAACUGAAUCCCCUGUAAACUCUAUAAAACGGAACUCCCCCCCUGCACAUUCCGCCAUCUGAAUCGAAUCAGAGAGUCACACAACAACGACAGUUCGUCUGCGAUAACAUACUGCUAAUCCCCCGAAAGAAAUCGAAUAAGAACCUUUCACAGUUCUACCUUCCGACUGUUCAUCGCUUCAUCAUGCCAGGGAAAGGAGAAGGUCCGGCGAUCGGCAUUGAUCUCGGCACGACGUACUCCUGCGUCGGCGUCUGGCAGCACGAUAGGGUUGAGAUCAUCGCCAACGAUCAGGGAAACCGAACGACGCCGUCUUAUGUCGCGUUCACCGACAGCGAGCGCCUGAUCGGCGAUGCCGCCAAGAACCAGGUCGCAAUGAACCCUACCAACACCGUCUUCGAUGCUAAGAGGCUGAUUGGUAGGAGGCUCAGCGAUCCAUCGGUGCAGAGCGACAUCAAGCUCUGGCCAUUCAAGGUGAUCGCCGGUCCAGGCGACAAGCCAAUGAUCAAUGUCAGCUACAAAGGCGACGAGAAGCAAUUCGCCGCCGAGGAGAUCUCAUCUAUGGUCCUAAUUAAGAUGCGAGAGAUUGCCGAGGCUUUCCUAGGCACAGAAGUGAAGAAUGCCGUCGUCACCGUCCCUGCCUACUUCAACGACUCACAGCGGCAGGCAACCAAGGACGCUGGUGUGAUUGCAGGCCUCAACGUCAUGCGCAUCAUCAACGAGCCUACUGCCGCUGCCAUCGCCUACGGCCUCGACAAGAAGGCCACCAGCGUCGGCGAGAAGAACGUCCUGAUCUUCGAUCUUGGCGGUGGCACCUUCGAUGUCUCCCUGCUGACAAUCGAAGAGGGUAUCUUCGAAGUGAAAGCCACUGCUGGAGACACUCAUUUGGGUGGCGAGGAUUUCGACAACAGGAUGGUGAAUCAUUUCGUUCAGGAGUUUAAAAGGAAGAACAAGAAGGAUAUCAGUGGGAGCCCGAGAGCUCUUAGGAGGCUUAGAACUGCUUGCGAGAGAGCCAAGAGAACCCUCUCCUCCACCGCGCAGACCACGAUCGAGAUCGAUUCCCUCUUCGAGGGGAUCGAUUUCUACUCCACCAUCACCCGGGCGAGGUUCGAGGAGAUGAACAUGGACCUCUUCAGGAAGUGUAUGGAGCCCGUGGAGAAGUGCUUGAGGGAUGCUAAGAUGGACAAGAGCACGGUGCACGACGUGGUUCUUGUGGGCGGUUCCACUAGGAUUCCCAAGGUCCAGCAGCUCCUCCAGGACUUCUUCAAUGGGAAGGAGCUCUGUAAGAGCAUUAACCCAGACGAGGCAGUGGCUUAUGGUGCGGCAGUUCAAGCUGCAAUUUUGAGCGGCGAGGGUAAUGAGAAGGUUCAGGACCUACUUCUCUUGGAUGUCACCCCUCUGUCUCUAGGGCUGGAAACUGCUGGAGGUGUGAUGACUGUCCUGAUUCAAAGGAACACGACGAUCCCAACCAAAAAGGAGCAAGUUUUCUCGACCUACUCCGAUAAUCAGCCUGGAGUGUUGAUACAGGUCUAUGAAGGCGAGAGGACGAGGACGAGGGACAAUAACUUGUUGGGCAAGUUUGAGCUCUCUGGCAUUCCACCUGCUCCGAGGGGGGUUCCUCAGAUCACUGUGUGUUUCGACAUUGAUGCCAACGGCAUCUUGAAUGUCUCGGCGGAGGAUAAAACGACAGGGCAGAAGAACAAGAUCACGAUUACCAACGACAAGGGCAGGCUGUCGAAGGACGAGAUUGAGAAGAUGGUUCAGGAAGCCGAGAGGUACAAGGCUGAGGAUGAGGAUCACAAGAAGAAGGUGGAGGCGAAGAAUGCGUUGGAGAACUACGCUUACAACAUGAGGAACACGGUGAGGGACGAGAAGAUUAGCUCCAAGUUGGCCGCAGACGACAAGAAGAAGAUUGAGGACUCCAUCGACCAGGCGAUUCAGUGGCUGGAUAACAACCAGCUCGCUGAGUCGGAUGAGUUCGAGGAUAAGAUGAAGGAGCUCGAAGGAAUUUGCAACCCUAUCAUUGCUAAGAUGUACCAGGGUGGCGCCGGUCCUGACAUGGGUGCCGGCGGUCAUGCUGACGUUCCUCCGGCAGGCGGCAGCAGCGGUGCCGGUCCAAAGAUUGAGGAGGUCGAUUAAACCGAUGAUACGGUGGCGUUUUAAGUUCGAACAGUGCGUUUUGCAAUUUUUGUGGUGUUUUUUUUUAAUAACCUUUUUGGUUAUCU